GUACGCACCGAGACAGUGCAACGGACGGUGACGGUGAGCAUAUGCAUUGUGAUAAGAUAAGCGACUGAGGCGACAUCAAUUCUUUUAACAUCAAGCUUAGAAGUUGUUACUGUUUGUACCUUGUUGAUAUUUCAGAAUUUUAGUUUCGUCCAGGUUGACUAACAAGCGCUAAUCAAAAUCAACGACCUCCAAGUUGUCUCUAAGUAGAUAAAGCAAGAUGAAGAUCGAGGAGGUCCAGUCAACGACGAAGGCGUCGCGGGUCGCGUCGCAUUCGCACGUUAAGGGGCUCGGUCUGAAGGAGGAUGGCACUGCUCAUAUGAUCGCAGGUGGUCUGGUCGGACAGGAGAAGGCUCGAGAGGCUGGUGGCAUCGUCGUGGAUUUGAUUAAGUCCAAGAAAAUGGCCGGCCGGGCACUUAUGUUAGCGGGCGCACCGGGAACGGGUAAGACAGCCAUUGCGCUGGCCAUCGCGUCAGAACUCGGCGCGAAAGUGCCUUUCUGCCCGAUGGUGGGAAGUGAGGUAAGAAUUUCAUAUAUCUAGUUACUUCAAAUUAUGGGAUACGUAGUUAGAUUACGGUGCAGAACUCCCGUAUAUUGUGAUGGAGGAGGUUAGGUUAGUUUGGUGGAUUACAGGAGAAAUCUUGUAAGCAAGAAGCAACUGAAGGUAUUUUCCUGUCAAAUUUGAACUCAUUCUCGUUUUACAUAGGUGUACUCGUCAGAAGUGAAAAAGACCGAAGUCUUGAUGGAAAACUGCCGUCGGGCGAUCGGUAUCCGUAUUAAAGAAACGAAGGAGGUCUACGAAGGCGAAGUAAUCGAGCUUACACCCGAGGAAAAGCCAGAUCCAAGUGGAGGGUAUUUUCGAAAUUUCGCCUUUAUAUAGACCUACAAAUUCUUAGCAUAGAAUCAUGAUGGGUCCUACAACCAUAUCCUUAUUCAGUUGAUGAAUACCACUUUAUUCGUUUUCUUGCAGGGUCGAGAAGCGAGUUACCUCUGUGAUGAUCGGAUUGAAGACCGUGAAAGGGUCAAAAACCCUGAAGUUAGCUCCUUCGAUCUUCGAGGGCUUACAGCGAGAAAAAGUUAAUAUCGGCGACGUUAUUUACAUCGAGGCAAACACCGGAGCAGUAAAACGCGUCGGCAGGUCAGACGCGUACGCCGCAGAGUUCGAUCUUGAGGCUGAGGAGUAUGUUCCGGUACUUCUGAACUAUCUCAAAAGAACGUUCAAGUUGUAGUUUCACAUGUGCAUACACUUUUGAGCAAGUUCCUGGCUGAUGUUGAAAUUUGAAAUUUCUUAUUAAUUUGUUCUUUAUUUUUGCAACAGGUACCAAAAGGCGAUGUGCACAAAAAGAAAGAGGUUGUUCAGGACGUUACCUUGCACGAUUUGGAUGCCGCAAAUGCAAAGGUAUUUUUGAAACUUGUUGCACUGGAAACUCGAUUAUAGUGUGAGAAGAGUGCGCGGGAGUAACAAGAUCAGUUUUAUGAUCGACUUUGUAAGAUGUUAGUCUUAAUCAGUCAUGAUGUGCCGUCGUUUAUCAAAGCAAGAAAUUAAUAGAACCAAAGUCCAAUGCAUCCAUCACAAAUCCAAAUUCCUCCACACAACAGCCACAAGGCGGCCAGGACAUCGUGUCAUUGAUGGGGCAAUUCAUGAAGCAGAGGAAAACGGAGAUUACCGACAAGCUGCGAAAGGAGAUCAACAAAGUCGUUAACAGGUAGUGACAGCCGGUUCCGAAUCCGAUACUUUUGCUUCGGCUUCGUUUACUUCAUAAAUUUAACUCUUAGAAUUCAAAAACCAAAAAGGUUUCUAGAACUGAAUAAUUAAUCUGUACUUGAUGCAAAACCUUUUGAUCUAAGUCAAAAGAUACCUCAAGACCAGGUAAGUAAAUGAAUGAAUGAGCCUGAGAUAGGCGUUGUAUCUACAAUAAAGAAGUACGCGAUCUCACCUGAUUUUUUUCUACGUCCUCACGGAUAACAUCUCUCUCUCUCGACCAUCCUGAAGCUGAAUCUUCAGCCACUGAACACAGGUACAUCGAUCAGGGUAUUGCGGAAUUAGUGCCGGGAGUGUUGUUUAUCGAUGAGGUCCACAUGCUCGAUAUAGAGUGCUUCACGUACCUUAACAGGGCACUCGAGUCGACGCUUAGUCCCAUCAUAAUAUUUGCGACAAACAGAGGAAUUUGCACCAUCAGAGGUACUACAUAUGAUUUAGGUUUUGACUCUGUUCUGCCACUCUUAGUCUCUCUGGUCGCCCCAGAAACCAUCUCGUUGUCCACGUCGUGUUUGGACUCGAGAACCUUGUUCUCUUUUUCAUUUUCAGGCACGGAGAUCGUCUCACCGCACGGUAUGCCGGUCGAUUUGCUGGACCGUCUGAUUAUUGUGCGCACAUUACCCUAUUCAGUAGAAGAAAUCGCGACAAUUGUGCGCAUACGAGCGCAAACUGAGAAGAUUGAGAUCGCGGACAACGCAGUAGAGGCCUUGGGUGAGAUCGGAUUGAACACUAGUUUGCGAUACGUCUCUCAGCUUCUCACACCCGCCAUUAUCAUCGCGAAGUCCCAGGGAAGAGACGCCAUCGAGCAGGAAGACAUCGGAGAAAUCGACGAAAUCUUCUACGAUGCCAAAGCAUCUGCCAAGUUGCUGGCUGCAAACGCAGACAAGUACAUCUCGUAAUGGGCUUGAUGCAGCUUUUCGGAUCGUAGUAAUUUGCACAGGCAGUUCUUCCUAGUUGUAAGGAUUCAUCAAUGAAGCAGUGCUGCAGUAGGCCGCGAAGUUCUUCGAAAAUUGCGUGGUUGGAGGCGACGGACUCUACAACAUCAUGUGAUGUUAAUGUCUCGUACAACAGCGCCGUCAACGAAUGAAUCACUCACAGCAUGUAGCUCCCAACUUUUGAUGCUCCCGCGAAUUUGCCUACGAAAUAAGUGUAAAGAGCGUCUUGCUUCCCCAAAGCCGUGAACCCCACCCGACAACACAGCAAAAACCGCGUUUGCGAACCAGUCUUCUUCUCGAUAUAGUAACUCACUAAUAACCUCCAUUGAUUCCUAGUAGAUUGAAUACUUCUAGCGGUAACAUUUUGUGUUUUUUGAAGUGCUUGUGUAUGAAAUUGAAGGGUAGUGCAAGCAAAGAUGUGCUGCGUGAGAACACAC